AAACCAUACCUUAUCCUGUAACAUGCAUAGCCUUUAAAUAAUUAAAAGACUCACACUGCAGAAAAUUUAUUGCAGAAUUAACUAAAGGACAUUGGGGAUAUAUGAUAUAUAUAGAUUCUACAAUACAAUAUAAUAUAAUUACAGGUUGUUAAUUUGUAGUUGGGAAGGCAAUGAAGAAAUAUUCUUGCACUCUGCGACUGCUCCUUGUUGUGGUGGGUGUUGUUUUAUGUCAUCAUAUAAAUGUUGUUUCAGCUGCUGGCAACGAUAAGGAUGAAGAUGAUCUCUCAAGAGUCGAGUUCCUUCCCGGCUUUAAUGGCCGCCUUCCUUUUGAACUCUUCACCGGGUAUAUCGGGGUGUCUGAAAAUGAGGAAGUGCAGCUGUUUUACUACUUCAUUAAAUCAGAAUCAAACCCAAAGGAAGAUCCUCUGAUUCUCUGGCUCAGUGGAGGUCCUGGCUGUUCCUCUCUCACUGCAUUCAUGUAUGAACUUGGUGGCAAACGUUCUAUUUUUGGAUCAACCAGCGAAUACAGGAUUUUCAUAUGCCACAACUCCAAAUGCCGCCCGUUUUACCGAUUUGGAAGCGUGCAACCAUGUCUAUGACUUUUUGCAAAAGGGGUACAUACUAGGAAACCCCGUAACAUUUCCUGCCCAGAAAAAUUAUUCAAUUCCAUUUGCUCAUGGAAUGGGUCUCGUCUCCAGUGAACUUUACAAGUCGAUUGCAGAGAACUGUAAAGAAGAAUUUGAAUUUGAAGAGAUGGAUGGCGUGAAAAAUGAUUUGUGUUCUCAAGAACUCAAGGUGUUCAAGCAGAUGAUAAGUGGAAUCAAUCCGGAGCACGUUCUUGAACCCGUAUGCGAAUCACAGUUCAUAUUGCUAAAUUCCGGCGGUGUCAAAUUUUUCAAUAAAGGAACCACGAGAUCACUGAGUGAGAAAAAACUAAAUAUGCAAUGGUGUCGUGGUAAGUACCACGAUCUCUCAACUUAUUGGGCAAAUGAUAUUAGUGUCCAAGAAGCACUACACGUUCGAAAGGGAUCCAUCGAACAAUGGUUGAGAUGUAGAUCGAUUAUUUUCCCGAGCGCCUAUACGGUCACAACAAGAGAUAGCAGACAAUAUCAUGCAAAUCUUAGUCGUAGAGGUUAUGCUUCAUUAAUAUUCAGUGGUGAUCACGACAUGAAAGUGCCAUUCCAAUCAACUGAAGCAUGGAUUAAAGAAUUGAAUUACACUAUCACAAAGGAUUGGAGACCAUGGAUUGUAAAUGAUCAAAUUGCCGGUUACACAAGGUCUUAUUCCAAUCAAAUGACAUUUGCAACCGUCAAGGGAGCAGGACAUGUAGCUUUUGAGUAUAAGCAUGAGGAGUGUGCGGUUAUGCUAACAAGAUGGUUAUCUCAGGAGCCUUUGUAGAAAGGUAGAGGAAAAAAUGAGAACAAACAAAUAAAGCGCACCGUAAAAUGCGCAUGUAAUUAAACUGCUUCUAUAUAUGUAUAGUAGCUAGUACAAUAGGUUUUAAUGAAAAGGAUGAUACAAACUUAACUACCCAUUAAACUAGAAAAAAAAUGACAUGUAUAUUGUUACUAGAAUUUUUCCG